AUGGAGGAUACAUCAUCGAAGAGUCAUGCCUCGAACCUGUGGAGAACUAUGUCUCAGCAGCAACCGCCGCUUCGAGCGGACCAGGAACGCGUUGGAGCAUCGGUCGUCUUUAGCUCGCCGCAGCACCUCCAGCGGCCGCGUCGAUCCAAAGAGGCGUCCGCGAUCAAGUCUUGGGUAUCUGCAACUUCUGCUACCACUGAUCCGUCUGCAGUUGAUGCUGAUGCCUAUGUGAAGAGUUUCAAUGUUCACGUCAAAGGGGAAGUUACGGGACGUGCAGACGAAGCAGGGCCAGGGCAAAUUGCAGCCCCAGACACCGCCACUGCUGUACGCGUUACACGCGGAACCGACAAACGGCCGAAGCCCAACAGGCGGUUGUUUCUCCAUGAGCUUUCCGAACCUCAAUUAAACGCGUCCGAGCCUCUGUCAGAAGCUGCCAGUGUCCCUCCUGUAAUUUCCGGCGCAACGGUUUCUCCCAGCUUCUUGCAUGGAGAUUUGCGUGUGGGAGCGGAUGGAAAGGGCUGUGCGGGGGAAGGGGGGAUGGCGCGCGCUGGGGGUGGGGAGCCGGGGGAUGAGGGGCAGGCGCGAGUGGAGGGGGCUGGGGCGGGCACCGUGGUGUAUGGAGAGGAUGUGCGGGGCAGGGAUGGGGAGGGCCCAUAUGGUGUGUGGGAGAACCUUGAGGUUAUGGGAGAAGAGGAGACAGGGGAGGUGGAGGGAAAAGAGGAGGGAGGGGAGGAAGAGGAGGAUGACUGGAUAAAGGAGAUAAGGGCCGCGUGGAGCGAGAGGAGGCACGGAGGGAGCAAGGGGAGCGGCGAAAAGGACAAAAUUCGACCUCCAGCAACAGCACCAACGACACUUGCUACUUCAACAUCAGAUGCUGUGGCAGCAGAGCCAGGAGCGUGCCCGUCUCUGCUGCCUCCCCUGGAGCCAUCUGGUGCACCUGAGCGAUGGGAGGAGGACCCAGUGUACCAAGGCAUGGCUUACGUCGGUUGCACGCACCAAUAUACGCCUGCGCAUUUUAGCAGGUUCCUUGCCAACUGGCGCCUGCAGCAAGAGAGCGGCAGCAGGAGGACUUGA